AUGGUUGCAUCUUCUGCCCAACGGCCCAUCCGGAUAUCCAUCGAUCGGGGCGGCACCUUUACGGACUGCGUUGCCCGCGUCGACGGCCAAGAUGACAUUGUGAUCAAGAUCCUCUCGGUCGACCCCCACAACUACAGCGAUGCGCCGACAGAGGCGAUAAGACAGGUGCUGCAGAAGUACACACAGAAGGAGAUUCUGCGAGGGGCCGAGAUCGAUCUCAAGGACGUGGAAUGGAUCCGCAUGGGCACGACGGUGGCGACCAACGCGCUACUGGAGCGCAAGGGCGAGCGGACGGCCUUUCUGGUCACGCGUGGCUUCCGUGACGUCCUCCAGAUCGGCAACCAGUCGCGGCCAUACAUGUUUGACCUGGCCAUCCGAAGGCCGGAUCCGCUGUACUCGGACGUCUUUGAGGUGGACGAGCGCGUCGUGCUCGAGAGCUGUGCCGACUCGGACCUGCGCGUCCUCAAGCUGGCCUCGCCGUCGCCGCUGCAGACGGUUUCCGGUGCCUCGGGCGAGGCCGUGCAGAUCGUCCAGGCUCUCGACCAGACGAGCACGCGGGCAUACCUGGACGCGAUCUACGCGCAGGGCUACCGGUCCAUCUCGGUCUGUCUGAUGCACGCAUACAUCUACCCAGCACACGAGCUGCAGGUGGCCACGCUCGCCCGUGAGGCCGGCUUCGAGAACAUCACGCUGUCGCACCAGGUCUCGUCGCGACCAAAGCUGGUGCCUCGGGGCAACUCGGCCGUUGUGGACGCGUACCUGACCCCGACGAUCCGCCAGUACCUCGAGCAGUUCUCGUCAAGCUUCCCCCAUCUCGAACGUGACGGCACCCGGCUCGAGUUCAUGCAGUCCGACGGCGGCCUCGUGCCGGCCUCUAGCUUGCGUGGCCUGCACUCGAUUCUCUCGGGCCCGGCUGGCGGUGUUGUCGGCUACUCGCAGACCUGCUUCGACGACGACACCCACCGGACACCCGUCAUCGGCUUCGACAUGGGCGGCACCAGCACUGAUGUCAGCCGCUUCGACGGCGAGCUCGACCACAUCUUUGAGACCACGACCGCUGGCAUCGCCGUUCACGUGCCCCAGCUCAACGUCAACACUAUCGCGGCCGGCGGCGGCAGCAUCCUCGCCUGGCGAGACGGCCUGAUGUCUGUCGGUCCCGAGAGCGCGUCCUCGCAUCCAGGCCCUGCCUGCUACCGCAAAGGUGGCCCGCUCACCGUGACUGACGCCAACCUCGCCCUCGGCCGCCUGCUGCCCGAGCAUUUCCCCUCCGUGUUCGGGCCCAACGAGGACCAGCCACUCGAUAGCGAGAUCGUCGUGGCCAAGUUCCGCGAGCUGACCGACAUCAUCAACCGCGACACCGGCCGAUCCAUGAGCUGGCCUGAGGUGGCCAACGGGUUCCUCGACGUCGCCAACUCGGCCAUGUGUGGCCCCAUCCGCAGCCUGACGGAAGCCCGCGGCUUCAACACGGCCGACCACAACUUGGCCUCGUUUGGUGGUGCCGGUGGCCAGCAUGCCUGCGCCAUCGCCGAGGCGCUCGCCAUCCGCCGCGUCAUCGUGCACAAGUACUCGUCCAUCUUGUCGGCCUACGGCAUCGGCCUCGCCAACGUUGUCCACGAGGACGAGCGGCCGUGUGCGCGGGCCUACGAGGGCGACAACGUGCCUGUCAUUGCCGCCAGCCUGGCCGAUCUCAGCCGCGAGGCCCAGAGCCACCCGUCCGUCCAGCCGUUCAACGUGGUCGACGCCCACUGCUUCCUCAGCAUGCGCUAUGAUGGCAGCGACACUGCUAUCAUGACCGCCCUGCACGACGGCGUCGAUGCGGCCAAGACUUUUGUCGAUGCCCAUCACCAACAGUUCGGCUUCACCCCCGUCGGCCGCAAGAUCUUUGUCGACACCAUCCGCGUACGUGCUGUCGCUCGUCAACCCGAACCAUCGCUGCCCCAGACCUCCUCUUUGCCUGUUUCUAGCUCUAUAGCCGCCAUCCCCAAGUCCAUCUCGGUCAAGUCUGUCUAUUUCGGUUCAUCCGGCUGGACUGACACGCCCGUCUACCUCUUUGCUUCCAUCCCGGAGGGUGUCGUCAUCCCCGGCCCCGCCUUGAUCGUCGACAAGACCCAGACACUCCUUGUCGGCCUCACCUCGUCGGCCUACAUCGACAAGGACCGCCUCAUCAUGGACGUCGACUCGCCACGCUCCAAAAAUGUCAGCGCCCACGUGAUUGACCCUAUCGCCCUGUCCGUCUUCCGUCACCGCUUCAUGGGCGUUGCCGAACAGAUGGGCCGAGUCCUCCAGAAUGUUAGCGUCAGUGCCAACAUCAAGGAGCGUCUCGACUUCAGCUGCGCCAUCUUCACUCCAGACGGCUCCCUCGUUGCCAAUGCACCCCAUGUGCCCGCCAUGAUUGGCAGCAUGGCCUUUGCCGUCAAAUCGCAGAUCGAGACCUGGCAGGGGAAACUCCAGGAUGGCGAUGUCCUUAUCUCUAACUCGCCCGCCUAUGGCGGCACCCAUCUGCCGGACUUGACUAUCAUCACGCCCGUCUUUGACGCUGCCGGAAAGGAGAUCAUCUUCUGGGCUGCAUCUCGAGGUCACCAUGCCGACGUCGGCGGCAUUUUGCCAGGCUCGAUGCCUCCCAACUCCAAGUUCCUGUGGGAAGAGGGUGCCGUAUUUGACUCUAUGCUUCUCGUCCGCGGUGGCGUCUUUGCCGAAGAAGAGCUCACGCGCAUCCUCUGCGUUGAGCCAGCCACGAAGCCGGGCUGCAGUGGCACUCGCUGCUUCCAGGACAACGUCACCGACAUCAAGGCCCAGGUGGCCGCCAACCACACCGGCAUCCGUCUAGUCCGCCAGCUGAUUGAGGAGUACACCAUGGACGUCGUUCAGGUCUACAUGAACGCCAUCCAGGAGUCGGCCGAGCUGGCCAUCCGCAACCUGUUCAAGAAGCUCGCCGUCCGCUUCAACGGCCACGAGCUGUCUGCGGUCGACUACAUGGACGACGGCACGCCCAUCUGCCUCAAGGUCACCAUUGACGUCGCCACCGGCAGCGCCCAGUUUGACUUUUCCGGCACCGGCCCCGAGGUCUACGGCAACUGGAACGCGCCGCCGGCCAUCACCAACUCCGCCAUCAUCUACGCUCUCCGCUGCAUGGUCGACUCUGACAUCCCGCUCAACCACGGCUGCAUCAAGCCCAUCACCCUCGUCCUGCCCGACCGCUCCAUGCUCAAGCCCAGCUUCGAGGCCGCCGUCUGUGCCGGCAACGUCCUCACGUCCCAGCGCAUCGUCGACGUCAUCUUCCGGGCCUUCAAGGCCUCUGCCGCCAGCCAGGGCUGCAUGAACAACUUCACCUUUGGCCGCGACGGUGAGAACGGCUUCGGCUACUACGAGACCAUUGCCGGCGGCAGUGGUGCUGGCCCGACUUGGUCCGGCACCAGCGGCGUCCACACAAAUAUGACCAACACCCGCAUCACCGAUCCCGAGUCCCUCGAGCGCCGCUACCCCGUCGUCCUGCGCCGCUUCUCGCUACGGCCAGGCAGCGGCGGUAUCGGUGAGUUCUGUGGCGGCGACGGCGUCAUCCGCGACGUCGAGUUCCGUCUUCCCAUGUCCGCUUCCAUCCUCUCGGAACGGCGCAGCUUUGCACCCUAUGGCCUCGAUGGUGGCGGUGAUGGACAACGCGGCCGCAAUACCUGGGUCACCACUUCAGGACGGACGAUCAAUAUUGGCGGCAAGAACUCGGUGGCUGUCAGCAUGGGCGACAGAGUCGUGAUCGAGACGCCUGGUGGUGGUGCAUAUGGUGCGCCUGGUCAAAAGGAGCAGUCUGUGGACGCAUCCAAGCUCCAGCCAUCGUUUGUACCUCUCGCUGUCGGCAGCGUGGCGGCGACCACAGCUCUUGCCGAGCAGUCUUGA